AUGGAGCAGGACAUGGGAGGAGAGGCGGAGACGUACUACGGCGGUGAGUUCGACGAUCUGGCGUUCGUCGAAGAGCUCGCGCAGCCGGGCAAAGGUAGCGUCGGCGACGGUGACGCUGCGGGUCAUCUCGUCCGUGUAGACGAGCACGGCCCACUGGGUCUCGGAGAGGGGAGCGGGCUGGCCGGCGGGCGUUGCAAGCAGCUCAUCGUGGCGGUCGAGCGAGAGGGGGCCAUCGAGCUUGGCCACGUCGAGGCCGGCGGCCGAGACGCCGGCCUGAGCGGCCAGCGGGGCGUGGUGGCCCCAUUCGUACCAGGCAUGGUUGACGACGGCGACGCGACUUACGGCGAGCUCGCGCAGGUCAGCUGCCAGAGCCGUCGUCUUCGUGCGCACCGCCCCCAGAAAGGCGUUCCAGCCAUCGGCGACGGCGGGCGCGUGCAGCAGCGCCAGCCCGCCGCACUUGCCGAAGCUCCUCCGCCGAUCUUCGGCUAUCUUUGCGGCGGUCGCGCCUUCCCCGCUAACGCCUUGAAAGAAUACCGUCUAGCAGUAGUCAGCAGCAUUGAGAACAAAUAA